ACAAUGUACUGAACAUUAUUAAGAAAUUAUGAUAUCUUCACAUAAAUCGAUACCUCCAUCUGUGCCGGCUCGAGGUAAAACAAAUUCUAAAAUGCUCGUCAUCUUGUCUACUCGUAACAGGACAUUUCUGCUGAUGCGGUAAUGUCUUGAAAUGGCAAGGGUUCGCUUAUUGCCCCUUAAUGUAUCUCCCCCUGAAUUGCAGCAUAAUAAUUUCUCCUGCUCUAAGCCAUUCACACCGAAGUGCCCCACCGCACAAGUGACUGUAGGCUACAGAAGUUGCUCACGUUUCUCCGACUCCAGCGUGAUUUUACAACGAAUGUUAAGCGACGGGAUCAAGAUGUAGACAAAUAAGACAUUUAAGUUUACCGAUACGAAGGGCUCAGACAGUGAUGUCUUGAGUGUUUCAGUCUAUACCAGGGCCUGCACAGAGGAAAGCUCCAAUGUGUUGCGGUGGGGUGCGUUGUAAAGUGUUCAUGUUUUAACACAUGACAACAAAGCUACGGCAGUCCUGGCUGUCCUAGCGGUUGGAUGACAGUGCUGAGUCGCGGACAAGACGCAGAGGCAGCAGCAGCAGAUGCAGCGGAGAGCAGCAAUGGUCGAGUCAGCGAGAACCGCAGUGGAGCCGCACUGAGGCAAAGCAAGCCAGCCCCUUAUCUGGGGACUAGGACAACACAUAGUUGGAGAAAAAGAAGAGGAAUUUAGAAGUAAAUUGUAUCAACCCAAAACCUGAAUGCUGCCUGUUCAAUCAGAUUAACCGGAUAACCGGAAUUCCAAAACUCCUUGGACCUACAAGAUGACCGUUGUGGCAGGAGAUAACAUGGAUGAGACCGCAGCCGUACCGGGGCACCCGCAGGACGCGUACCCCCCCGACCAUGAAGACCACGACUGCUGCGAAAGAGUGGUCAUCAACAUUGCGGGGAUGCGGUUCGAGACCCAGCUCAAAACUCUCUCCCAGUUCCCGGAGACAUUGUUAGGCAACCCCAAGAAGAGGAUGCGCUACUUUGACCACCUGAGAAACGAGUAUUUCUUUGACAGAAACCGUCCCAGUUUCGAUGCCAUCCUCUACUAUUACCAGUCCGGGGGUAGGCUGAGAAGGCCCGUCAACGUCCCGUUGGAUAUGUUCUCUGAAGAGAUAAAGUUUUAUGAGUUGGGAGUGGAUGCCAUGGAGAAAUUCCGUGAGGAUGAGGGCUUCGUCAGGGAGGAAGAACGUCCUUUACCUGAGAAGGAAUUCCAGCGUCAGAUCUGGCUGCUUUUUGAGCACCCAGAGAGCUCGGGUCCGGCCAGAGGGAUUGCUAUAGUAUCUGUAAUGGUAAUUCUGAUUUCCAUAGUCAUAUUUUGUUUAGAGACUUUACCCGACUUGAAAGAGGACCCCAGGGGUCGUUUUAAGACUGUAGGGAAUCAUACAUUUUACUACAAACCAAACAUCCUAACCGACCCUUUCUUCAUUAUUGAAACUCUUUGCAUUAUCUGGUUCUCGUUUGAGUUGUUAGUGCGGUUUUUCGCGUGCCCAAGCAAGGCAGUCUUCUCCAAAAACAUGAUGAACAUUAUCGAUAUAGUGGCCAUCAUCCCUUACUUCAUCACACUGGGCACGGAGCUGGCUGAGGACCCCGAAGACCAGGACGAGGGCAUGGGGGAGCAGGCGACAUCUCUGGCCAUCCUCAGGGUAAUCAGACUGGUCAGAGUGUUUAGAAUCUUUAAGCUGUCACGACACUCCAAAGGAUUGCAGAUCCUGGGACAGACCCUCAAGGCCAGUAUGCGCGAACUCGGAUUGCUGAUAUUCUUCCUCUUCAUCGGAGUCAUCCUCUUCUCCAGCGCAGUGUACUUCGCAGAGGCCGAGGAGAAAGGGUCGUACUUCGGCAGCAUACCGGAAGCUUUCUGGUGGGCCGUGGUGUCUAUGACAACUGUGGGCUAUGGUGAUAUGGUGCCUGUCACUAUAGGGGGCAAGAUAGUGGGUUCCCUUUGCGCCAUUGCUGGUGUGUUGACGAUUGCGCUCCCAGUGCCUGUCAUUGUGUCCAACUUCAACUACUUCUACCAUAGGGAGACCGAGGGAGAGGAGCAGGCCCAACUCUUAAACGUUAGUGAACCAAACAUUAGUGAAAGCAACUCUAGUCGCCGCAGCUCGUCCACUGUCAGCAAAUCAGAAUACAUGGAAAUUGAUGGAGAUAUUAAUAAUAGCAUCGACAAUUUUAGAGAGGCAAACCUCAGAACUGGCAAUUGCACUCUAGCAAACCAAAACUGUGUAAAUAAAAGCAAGCUGCUCACAGAUGUGUAGAAUCGAAUGAGAAAACAUGGGACUUACAUGAUGCCGUCACACGUUGAGUACGUCAUCCUUUUUGAAUGCUUCAUUCGCCUCCUAUAAGCGCUCUAUGGCAUUAUGACAACAACCAUGCUCACCAAUUUGAAAGGAAUUAUUUGAAAGGUGAAAAAAUAUGAAAAUGAAGCCGUUAUUAGAGAACACGACAGCUAGAGUAAUUCAUUAUUUAAAAAAAUGAUAAUUCAAAUACGUAUUAAAAAAAUAUAAAAAAGAAACAUCAACUUCUAUUUAACACGCACACGCAUAAUCGCGCGCCCUUGGAGGACGACUAACCAACACCACUUAGACGACAUAUAUGUUUUUAUCAGACAAAGCCAGGCGUGAUAAUUAAAACGUUAUGCAUCGGUACAGAUAACAUUUCAGCAAGUGCACACUGCAUCAAGGAUAAAAUACAUCAUAAAUACCAUCUGCUGCGAAGAGAGAGACACGCAAGUCAGGAUCUGCAGCACCCAGUCAGUGGUCAGGCCGACCGACACCUGGCCUGAAGUCCGAGGCGACUCCUCUACCCCUCUGUCAUCAAAGGAUCUACUAUCCAGCAAAGCACCUUAUAGGAAAAAUACUGACAACGGAGGAUCACUGAUCUCCUGGUUUGGAUGUUAAAAAGAGGCUGAUGAUCUACUUGCCUCAGUCUGAAAGACCUACGGACAUCCGCAAUGCUGCUAUUUUCCAGCAGUAAAAUGCUGUAAUUAUGAUAUCAGCAAGUGGUACAAUGGCAUUUUUGCCCGUUAGAUGCAAGACAGCACAAUGAUAUAACAGAAGAGCUUCACAUGAGCAUGUUUAGAAGAGACAUACAUUUUGUUAUUGGCAUGCGUGAUGAUGAGACAUAACCUUAUAAUAAUGCUACAAAUAUAUUUAUUUAGAAUUUUCCAUCCCCCUAUGCCUUCAUUCGAUUCCCCUUUAUUAUUCGUUUUCACUUAGAGUGCAGAACUGGUUUGAAAUAGUUUUUGAUUUGAAAAUUCCUAAUUAUUUAGCGAGUGAAUGUUUAAAAACAUCUUAAGGGAAACAGUAACUAAACGAAGAUCAUAGCAUGAGAAAAAGUCAACUGCAUUAUGGCCUAUCGACUAUGGUACUGUGUAUCCUAGUAUAUCUAAAUGCAUGACGUCAGUAUUCAGCUUGUUGCAAUUACAGACACUCUGAACGUGUAUCAUACUGUCAUGGAAACGAAACGUGGAAACUUAAAAAAAAUCUCUGAACCGUUUCUGAAAUGUGACAAAAUAUAUCCAAAACCCAACUCGGGGCUGCUGACUUUCUCAUUUAAAACGUAGGAGAUCAAAGAAGCAGAAUAAAUACUUAUUAUCCAAAUGCAUAUACUCAUAAAGCACCAAUUUACAGUAUUACUUCAAUUGUGCAGUGCAUGGACCUUUGAACAUAGAAAAAGUAAACCUAUUAUGAGUCAGGCCUUCCAUUUCACCACUAAAUUUAGGGAUACGUUUGUUUGUUUUCACAAACAAAACAACAGAAACAACAGAAACAACUCUCAUUUUACUGAAAUUAGCCUUUGUUUAAUAGAUAUUGCCAAUAAUCAUUUUGUACAUUAGUUGCUAGUGCCUUUACCCCGCUCACCAUGCAACAGGCUCAGUGAAAGUGCCUCUGUGUAUAUAGCCUACAAUGGAAAUCCAUGACAAGUUGAACAGAUCAGAUGCAAAAGAUCUUGCUUGCUUCAGCACUAUGAUGCUGUUAUUAUUGUUGUUGAUGAUGAGGAUGAUGACAAUUGAUUAUUCAGAGCAUUAUUAAUACAGUCAGAGAAUGUUUGGUGUAAACAACCAUGGAAGUGCACUACCAACAUGAUCCAUAGUUGAGUUGACCCACGACUAGAACAAUAUUCCAACAACCCCCCCCCCCCCCCUAGUACUUUAUACUUCUCCACCCAUGCACCACUUCAAAUCAAAAGUGAAUAUCCAUUGCUUUGCUUUGCUUGUGUUGCUGUUGCAAUUGAUUUAUGUGCCAUAAAGUCUUUUAAAUGUGUCUACCUCAGUGAGGUCACUGCAGAACUCACUGCAGAGCUGCAAGCCAGGCUAUUCUUCGAUGCAUAAACAUGCAACAUGGCCUCUAAGUGGAGUAGACUGUGGUCAUCAGGGCCUGUGUUUAUAAAUGGUCUCAGAGUGCUUGAGUGCUGAUCUAGGAUUAGGUCCCCCCACUGUCCAUGUAAUCUUAUUCAUUCUGACCUAAAAGACUCAUCUGAUCCUAGAUCUGUACUCCUACUCUGAGAUGCUUUAUGAAUACAGACACUGAUGUUAAACUCUUAGAUUGGCCCCUAAAAGUAGCCUUAGAGAAGCACUUAGGUCUUAGGACAGACAUACUGCAUCAUCCACCCGUACCCGUACCCCUACACCAUUUUCCUUCCAAGCUACGCACAAUCAAAAAAUUAAAUAAACACAUUACAAUAGUAGUAGAGUUGACUAGAGCAUAGUGAUGUAGACUGACUGAUUCUCAAAAAACCUGUUGAUACAAAUGGUUUGGUUUGGAUUUUUUAGUAUUACAGUUGUUGAGAAGUAAGGCAGGUUUGCUACUGUUAAAUCAUAGAAAUACCCUGGGCAAUUUUAUCUGCGAAUGUCUGAAAGUGUGCCACACUUCAUUGAUAUGUGUAUUAAUAGAAAUAUAAUUACUCCCAUCCAUCACAGAACAUUGACUUGAAUGGGAAUGUUCAUUCUAGCAAUUCCAUUUCUAAGUGUGUACCUGUCACAGAAUGACAAUGGAGCAGCCAGGGGCUCUUACACUGAUUUUUUAGCAUAUUGGAAUUUCACUCUGGGCAAUAUAAGUGCAUUAUUAGAUGUUACACCGUUUUUGCAGGUUCCAUUUGCUCAAUAGCUACAUGUAUUUCAUAAUUGAGUCUUCCAGCUCUCCGCAAAGCUUACUGAUGCCGUGUGAAUCUUGUUUCGUUAUUGCAGCAAAAUUUGUCCUGUAAGUGUGUGACAUGACCAGAUGAUUUAGGGUCAAGAUAUAUGUUGCUAUGGUAGCGACACAAUGUCUGUGACACUGAAGUUGAGGGGUUAUACACAAGACAGAUGUUAUGAGACCACACGUAAACACGGCUAAAGAUUCAAAGGCCCUCAUGAUGGUAUGUCAUUUGGUGAAAAGUACUGUACCAUGUUUCCGUUCUCUUUUUCCAUUGGCCUUUACUGUAUGUAUAAACCCCUCACCCUAAAAUGUCUCAGCUAGUGAAGCAUUUGCUUUCAUCAGUUUGUGCAAAGGCUAUACCUUUUGUGGACCAGCAGAAAGCCUCUAUGUGCACAUUGGUUAUGGACGAGGCCUUUUUUUGAUUCUGUGAAUCGAGUUGCUGGUCGUUUUGUGCUAUAUGUUAUCGGCUAUGUUCUCUUUAUUUGCUCAUGGUCGUUCUAGUGUAUUGCUGGGGAACUUGGAAUGUGUCUGUCUACAACAGGUUUGGUGUCUGUCUAUGCGAGAGCCUUCCUAGGACGUCAGUUCAUUUGACAUUAUGAGGUGAAUAUGUCAGUGGAGUUGACAUAUCAGUGCAAAACAAUGUUACUUCUGUGUCAGGGAUUUUUAAGGUUUCUAACCAAGAGAAUGCCAUCAGGUCUUAAGAACAGACAUAUAGAAUACCCCAAAAUACAACAAAUAAAAAGUGAUUAUCCACAGCAACCUUAUCUAUACCAUGUACAGUAGCUAGCUGACCAUCUGGUAAAUGAUAGAGUUUUACCAUAUGUGGUUUCUCUUAUGGCCCAGAAGUGUGGUUGGACAAAACAGGUUCUAUUCCACCAAAUACCCAUGAUACAACAGUUCAGAGUGAGGUUGAGGGAACACAUGCAAAACCCCUCAUGUCACGAUACCAGUGCAUCCAUUGCUCUUGCUGUGAGGGCAAUCUAUGUAUGGUGCUAUGCAUUCAAUUAUUCUACAACAAAAAAAAUGCAUUCUUAUAAUAAUAUAAUUGCAGUUACCUGUUUCUUAGAAACCUUUGUAAAAUAGGAGUUGAAUGAAUCUAUUUUUAAAAAGAUGUUGAGGAAAAAGACGAUCUCUUGACAAGACAUUUACAACAAGCGACCAUCCUUUUGAACGGUAGUGUAGUGUUAUUUUUACAGCGACCAUCCUUUUGAACGGUAGUGUAGUGUUAUUUUUACAGCGACCAUCCUUUUGAACGAUAGUGUAGUGUUAUUUUUACAGCGACCAUCCUUUUGAACGGUAGUGUAGUGUUAUUUUUACAGCGACCAUCCUUUUGAACGGUAGUGUAGUGUUAUUUUUACAGCGACCAUCCAAUCCCCAUCAAACUCAAAGGUUGAUCUGGAGUCGUUUUCUAGUUAGGACCCUAUGUUGAUAAAUGGGGCAAAGUAGUCAGUAGCACCCUCCCGGAGAGAAUUAAUAGCCUGAAAUGCAAUGCACUUACAGCCAGCUGCUGGAUUGAAUGGCUGUGUGUUUAGUGUGAACUUAGUGUGAAGGAGAGUCAGAGAAGGUGCCUAUAUUGUUAUUUAUUUUUUAUUUUUUUGCAUUCAUUUGAAACGCUUUCAGAGAUGUAUGUUCUUCAGAAGAAAGACGUGUGUGAGAAGGUCUUUUAAAAAAUGUAAUUCAGAGAAAUGACAACACAAAAACAAAAAUAUAAGUAAACCAUACCUAUCUAAAAAAGUAGUAAGAAAUCAUUUAGCUAUAGUAAAAUAGAGUAUAGCAAGAAAAUAUAUAUUGCAAAAGGCCAAAACCAAUGAUGACUAUCUUUUCAUUGUGUGUCUUAUUUUUUUUACUUCUGUGGCAGUGUACUACGAUUGUCGGAUUGUUUUUAGGAAGAACAUGCCAUAAUAUACUGAAAUAUCAAAUACUCUAUAAUAAUGUGUUCCUCUGGCAAGCCAUGAUAAUUAAACUGAAGUAGCCUACUAUUAUCAAUUUAUUGUAGGCCUACAUUUGAGUGAUAUGGACUACAAUCCACUAUAUUAGCACUAUAUUAGCAUCUGGAUAUAUGGAUCGUCUUCUCAUUUCAUUUAAAGAAAUACUGGAAAAUUCAUCCUAACCAACCACACCAUUUAAGAGCGUUUCCAAAUGCCCAUUACUAAAAACCAACAGAUAAUGUAUAGAUAAUGUAUACAUAUCUCAACGGCAACCUACUGAUCACAAAAACUGCAUGGUCAACAGAAGACUGCAUGAGCUUUUCAAAACUGUGGAUCAGCUAUAAUAACAGUUGCAUCACUUCAAAGAAAACCCUUGCGUUCAUCUACACCAAAGCCUUUUUUAAAAUAUGAAAUACCCUCCUUUAUUAUACAUUUCUGGUUUUCUUUUUAUUGAAAAACAUUAUGAUUUGCUUAAGAUAUUGACAAACACUUUGAUCUCGGAUCAGGCGUACCUUCUGGUUUUCAUCUUGGAUCAGGCGUACCUUCUGGUUUUCAUCUUGGAUCAGGCGUACCUUCUGGUUUUGAUCUUGAAUCAGGCGUACCUUCUGGUUUUCAUCUUGAAUCAGGCAUACCUUUUGGUUUUCAUCUUGGAUCAGGCAUACCUUUUGGUUUUCAUCUUGGAUCAGGCAUACGUUCUGACUAUUGACAUCCCACCAUGUUCAAACUAGCCUGGUCUCAGGUCUGUUUGCGCCGUCUUGCCAACUAUUUGGUCGUUGUCAGGCCAAACAUGUUUGGCAAUUACCAAUGACAACAAUCAUAGGAGUUGGCUGUACAGCACAAACAGAUCUUUGACCAGGCUAUAUGUUCAAACCUCACUUUAGUUAGAAUGGUGAUGAGAGGUGACUAGUUUUUGUUUGAUGACAGGGAUAUGAUGGUAGACGUGUGAUUACUACGGGUUUGUCGUCCUGUCCAUCCAUCACAUCCCAAAUGACACCCUAUUACUUAUAUAGUGCAUUACUUUUGACAAGAGUAGUGCACUAAAAAAGUAGUGCACUAAAAAAGUAGUGCACUAAAAAGGCAACAGGGUGUGAUUUUGGAUACAGCCAUUGUGCAUCUACAUGAAUAGAGGAAUGACAUCCUAUAGAAAACCUAUAAGAAUCUAUGGAAAUGUGACCAAGUGCAUUGUAUUUAGGGAAGCUGGCUUGCUUUGGAGCGAGCAGCUCAGCGGCACGAGGGACUGUUGACUCCUGGGGUCUGUUCAGGAGGGUGCAACGUUACAAGACAUUCAGAUAGAAAUGUAUUGUACAGAUGAGAUAUGACCAUCUGUCAUGUAGAACAGUGAGUCAUAUCAGCUAUACCCAUUACAUGUCUAACUGCAACAUUCUCAAUGUUUCACUUCGCUGAAUAAACCCAUGCUCUUUUUUAUUAUAAGUAGUCCAUUUGCCUACUGAACUUUGCAAAUGUGUUCUUUUAUGUUUGAUUGUCAUCAUUCAUGUUUUGUUUUACGAGGAUUAUGCUACGAUACGCUCAGUUUGUCAGACGUCUGACAAAGGCAUCGUCUGUGAUCUAUGCAAGGGUAUUUCUUUUCUUACUUAUGUCACAACUCAUGAUUUCAUCGUACAUCAAAUACAAUAAAUUUUUAAGGAUC